CAUGAAUCGACACCCAUAUGGGAUCCCAACACUUACAAGCCCCCAGGUUCCCCGAGGAAACGAGCCUUCCGUCGCCUGCCUGAAGACGGCCUGUGGGAGCCUCAGCCAUGGCAUCGGCCUCGGAGCCCAUGGUAUUCCGAGAGUUCUGUCCUCUGUACUCCCUCCUCAACGCCAUUCCCACCAAGAUCCAGAAGGGCUUCCGCUCUCUGCUGGUCUACCUCACGGCCCUCGACACCAACGGGGACUACAUCGCGGUGGGCAGCAGCAUUGGCAUGCUCUAUCUGUACUGCAGGCACCUGAACCAGAUGAGAAAGUACAACUUUGAGGGAAAGACGGAGGCCAUCACUGCGGUGAAGCUGCUGAGCUGCUUCGAUGACCUGGUGGCGGCGGGCACGGCGGCGGGCCGAGUGGCCAUCUUCCAGCUCGUGUCUUCUCUGCCCGGGCGGAACAGACAGCUCCGGAGAUUCGAUGUCAGUGGUAUUCAUAAAAACAGCAUUACAGCCCUGGCCUGGAGUCCCAAUGGAAUGAAAUUGUUCUCUGGAGAUGACAAAGGGAAAAUUGUCUAUUCUUCUCUGGACCUAGACCAGGGGGUCUGUAACUCCCAGUUGGUGUUGGAAGAGCCGUCCUCCAUUGUACAGCUGGACUAUAGCCACAAAGUGCUGCUGGUCUCCACCUUGCAACGGAGCCUGCUUUUUUACACGGAGGAGAAGUCUGUCCAGCAGAUCGGGACACAGCCAAGGAAAAGUACUGGGAAAUUUGGCGCUUGUUUCAUACCAGGACUCUGUAAGCAGAGCGAUCUAACCUUGUAUGCCUCAAGGCCUGGGCUCCGGCUGUGGAAGGCUGAUGUUCAUGGGACGGUUCAAGCUACAUUUAUCCUAAAAGACGUGUUCGCCGGAGGAAUCCAGCCUUUCGAGCUGUACCCACGCGUGGAGCCUUCGCAUGGGGGAGGCUGCAGCCUGUCUGAGAGGCAGCUGGGCCUGCUCUCCUGCUUCUUGCAGGAUGGCUGGGUGUUGAGCUGGAACGAAUACAGCAUCUAUCUCCUGGACACCAUCAACCAGGCCACAAUUGCUGGUUUAGAAGGAUCAGGUGAUAUUGUAUCUGUUUCCUGCACAGAAAAUGAAAUAUUUUUCUUAAAGGGAGAUAGGAACAUUAUAAGGAUUUCGAGCAGACCUGAAGGACUAGCAUCAAUAGUGAGAAAUGGCCUGGACCCCUUAGGAUGCUCAGAACGAGCCCAGGGGCAGCAGGUGGAGAAGCCAGCAGAGGACACAGCAUCUGAGACACGGCUCCGUGGAGCGUCAGUGGCCAGCUCAGCAGCCAGCGAGCCCCGGAGCAGGAGCAGCUCUCUGCACUCCACCGACAGUGGCUCGGGCCUCCCCGUGGCCCCGGAGCUGGGCAAGGCCGGCCAGCCCUGCCUACAGAGGUUCAGUGUCCUCAGCUCGGAGGACUUUGACCAGGAGCUGGUUGUGAAGCCUGUCAAGGUGAAGAAGAAGAGGAAGAAGAAAACAGAAGGUGGAAGCGGAAGUGCCUGUCACAGUUCCCUGGAAUCGACUCCCUGCUCUGAGUGGCCUGGCGACACUGACCUGCCCUCCAGGAGCCCCAGCAUGCCGGGCAGCGGUGGGGACCCACUGAUCACCGAGUCUCCUGAGCGGGAGAGCGGCCUCAGUGCUGAGGGGAGCAGGGUCGUAGCGGACAGUCGUGACCCUGAGACGUUCAGCAUCGUGGAGGUGGCCAAGUCUGCGCCCGAGUUCCUGGGUGAAGAAAGUGGUGUUGGAGCCCAAGUGCCAUGGAGUCACUGUGGUCGUGAGACGGAGGCCCUCAGUGCAGGGCUGGGUCUACACUUGCUCUCGAGGGAGGAUGGGACAGCUGAUGAUGUCUCAGGGCUCAGAGAGGAGCCUUAUCCUGUGGAAGACAGACCCAGCAGUGGGCAGUCACCCCUCCGAGAACAAGAUGGCUCUGCCAAGGCACUGGGGUGCCCAGAAGCCUGUGACUCGCAAGGUCUUGUUGCUGAAGCCCCGCUGCUGGAACCACCCCUGGCACCUUCCAGCCUCUUGUGGGGCCCGGGUGCUGAACAGGGGCAGCCUGUGAGUGGGGUUGAUGAAGGUGACCCUGAGGAGCACAGCCUGGAGCAGGACAUGUUGAGGGGUGCAGGGGCCCUUUGCCACCUUGGCCCGGACCCCUGGCAGGCUGUCUCCAAGGACAACACAGGGCAGAGGGCAGAAACACCCAUUGCAGAGUAUGACCCCGGGGGCAGCAGUGGACGGUUGGCUCCUGUGGCCCCUGCCUUAGUAGCCAGUGCCCGGCAGCCUUGGCUUGAGCCUCCCUCCCAGGAUGCAGCACUGAUGUCCAGUGAUGAAGAGGACAUCUACGCCCAUGGGCUUCCCUCUUCAUCCUCAGAGGCGAGUGUGGCUGAACUCACAGCUGCUCGUUCCCUGCAGGACCUGAACCAGCCAGGAGGGGAUGAUGCUGGCCUGCUCACGUCAGAUCAGUUUGCAGAGAGCUGGAUGGGCUACUCCGGGCCUGGCUAUGGUAUCCUCAGCCUGGCGGUCUCCGAGAAGUACAUCUGGUGCCUGGACUACAAGGGUGGCCUGUUCUGCAGCGCGCUGCCAGGCGCUGGGCUUCGCUGGCAGAAGUUUGAAGAUGCCGUCCAACAGGUGGCAGUCUCCCCUUCAGGAACCCUUCUGUGGAAGAUUGAGCAGAAGUCAAACCGCGCUUUCGCGUGUGGAAAGGUGACCAUCAAAGGGAAGCGGCACUGGUACGAAGCCCUGCCCCAGGCGGUGUUUGUGGCCCUGAGUGACGACACAGCGUGGGUCAUCAGGACCAACGGAGACCUGUACCUGCAGACAGGUCUCAGUGUGGACCGUCCCUGUGCCCGCGCUGUCAAAGUGGAGUGCCCGUACCCGCUGGCCCAGGUCGCAGCCCGCAGCAGUGUGGUGUGGGCGCUGACGGAGCAGCGGGCUCUGCUGUACCGGGAAGGCGUGAGCAGCUUCUGUCCAGAGGGAGAGCAGUGGACAUUUGACAUUGUCAGUGAAAGGCAAGCCCUGGAGCCUGUGUGCAUCACUCUCGGGGAUCAGCAGACCCUCUGGGCCUUGGACACCCACGGGAAGCUGUGGUUCAGAACUGGUGUCACGCCCAAAAGGCCGCAAGGAGAGGAGGACCACUGGUGGCAGGUGAGCAUCACAGACUAUGUCGUGUUCGACCAGAGCAGCUUGUUCCAGACCAUCAUCCAUGCCACACACUCGGUGGCUACGGUGGCCCAAGCACCUGUAGAAAAGGUGGCAGAUAAACUGCGCAUGGCAUUUUGGUCUCAGCAGCUUCAGUGUCAGCCCAGCCUGUUAGGGGUCAACAGCAGUGGUGUGUGGAUCUCCUCAGGCAAGAAUGAAUUCCAUGUCGCCAAAGGCAGUCUCCUAGGCACUUACUGGCAGAGCGUCGUUCCCCGGGGGACAGCCUCGGCAACCAAGUGGGCCUCUGUAUGGGCUUCUGCUGCUCCCACUCAGGAAGGAAGCUCUCUGUGGCUGUGCCAGAGCAGCAAGGACCUGUGCAGUGUCAGUGCCCAGAGUGCGCAGGACCGCCCCUCCACGGUGCAGCUGCCCCCCGACGCCGAGAUGAAGGCCUACUCUGCCUGCCAGGAUGCACUCUGGGCCUUGGACAGCCUGGGCCAGGUGUUCAUCAGGACCCUCUCCAAGAGCUGCCCCACAGGCAUGCACUGGACGAAGCUGGACCUUUCCCAGCUAGGAACUGUGAAGCUGACGAGCCUGGCCUGUGGCAAUCAGCACGUCUGGGCCUGUGAUUCCCAGGGUGGGGUCUACUUCCGUGUGGGAACCCAGCCCCUCAAUCCCAACCUGAUGCUUCCAGCCUGGAUCUCCAUUGAGCCUCCUGUGCAGCCUGCAGGGGUCGCCCUGGUCAGCGUGCACUGCAGCCCCAAUGACCAGAUGCUGUGGGCUCUCGACAGCCGAGGGAACGUGCACGUCCGAGUGGGAAUCACCGAGGAGAUGCCAGUGGGCACCGACUGGGACCAUGUGCCGGGGCUGCAGGCCUGCCAGUUGGCACUAAGCACCAGGACUGUGUGGGCCCGCUGCCCAAAUGGCGACCUUGCCCGGCGCUAUGGCAUCACAGACAAGAACCCCGCUGGAGACUACUGGAAGAAGACCCCCGGCUGUGCGUCGUGGCUCACAGUGACCUCCUCAGACGAGCUGUGGGCAGUGGGACCCUCCGGCUACCUCCUGCAGCGACUGACCAAGAUGUUUAGGCACUCACGCAGCACCCUGAAGAGUGGCCAGGCCACCACCCCCCACCUGGAGGAGCUGGAGGACGAGUGGGAAGUCAUCUGAACACUGGGCCAGCUGCUGCAAGGCUGGGAGGCCGGGAGCCCUGACCUGCGUGCACACUGCUGCUCGGGGUGUGACUCGAUGACCCUUGUUGGGCGCGUCUGGCCAGGCAGGCUGCACCACACUCCCUUCUGUCUUGUUUCCACCUCCUUCCAUACCUAAGGCCUCCGCCCAGCACCCAGGGCUGGUGCUGUAACAGCAGCCCCGUGACCUCUGGCCAAGGUCAUCUCCAAGCAGGUGCAAGCACUGUGGCUCCCUGCGCUCAGCCUGUGAGCAGCUCGGGCAGUGGGGCCAGCCAGGGUCCGUGCCGAGCAUGCACACACCACA